GUUUGCUGAGAAAGAAGUAUGAAGGCAAGAUAAAACUUAGGGCUGGGUUUUUGCUUUCUAAUUCCCCUGUUUUUAUCUUGGCAUCACAAACGGAGUUUUAACUCUAGUAAAUCUCUGUUUUGACGCCUUGUUCGAUUCAACUCUUUUUUUUCUUGUUCCUCGUAAGAUCUUCUACGUCAAAUCGAGUUCGCUUUUCUUCUGAUUGACCGAGUGAAAGCGGGUCAUUUCUGAGCAUCGAAAAUAUGGUUUCCUUUGAGAUGAAUGACCGAAAGAAGAUUGGGAUAGGAUUGACAGGAUUUGGCAUAUUUUUCUCAUUCCUGGGAAUCAUCUUUUUCUUUGACAAGGGAUUCCUUGCCAUGGGAAAUAUACUCUUCUUCUCAGGGGUGACUCUAACCAUUGGACUGAAGUCCUCUAUGCAUUUCUUCAUGAAACGGCAAAACUUCAAGGGAACAAUUUCAUUUGGUGUUGGCUUCUUCUUUGUUGUAAUAGGAUGGCCUAUUUUGGGCAUGAUUUUGGAGGCAUAUGGGUUCAUUGUACUCUUCAGUGGCUUCUGGCCUACACUGGCAGUUUUUCUGCAAAAGAUUCCUGUUCUUGGUUGGUUUUUCCAACAGCCAUAUGUCAGAUCGUUCCUUGAUCGGUACCGGGGCAGACGGGUUCCUGUAUAAUCCAGAAAAAGAGACUUGGGGAAAAGCACAGCGGGCCCAGUUGUAAGUUCUUGUAAUAUACAGCCAGAUUGACACCCAUCAAUUUUUUCAUUCAGUUGAAACGGUGUCUACAGAAAAAGGUGCAUAGUUGACAUUACGUUUGUCUUGUAAAAAAAAAGAAAGAAAUUGUCUUUUUUCUUUACUAUAUUCUAUGAGUGUUUCCUUUCACCGUCCUUGCUAUAUUGGAUGUUCUCCAAUUGACUUGGCUACACUUUGAUGCACGUUCCCACCACACUAGAUGAUAUUAGGCAAUAUUAUUGUGUUUUUGAUGUUCA